CAAGGUGUCUGGCUACGCGAGACUAAGUGUACUUAUUCACUCUCACGUGGUGCAUAUCUGUUUGGUUUACUUGACGUACGUACAAUCAUCAUGACAAUGAAACUUGGAUAUUGGGAUCUUAGAGGGUUGUGUCAGCCUAUUCGCUUGCUGCUUGCCUACAAGGGUGAGCAAUUCGAGGAGAAAAGAUAUGAAGUCAAGGAUGCUGAGAAACGCAAAGAAUGGCAGGAAAAGGAUAAACUCAAAACCGGCUUGGAUUUACCAUUUCCUAACUUGCCAUAUCUCAUUGAUGGAGAUAGAAAACUUGUGCAAAGUCAAGCGAUUCUUUAUUACUUGGGCAGAAAAUACAAUAUGUGUGGCAAGACGGAAGAUGAGCGAGUUCGAGUUGAUGUGUCUUUGCACCAGGCUCUUGAUUUACGCAGAAGUUUCACUUCUCUUUCAUUUGCAUCUGACUUUGCAGACAAAAAGCCUGACUACUUGCAGAAGCUACCAACAGUGCUUCAAGGGUUUGUGGAUUUCAUUGGUGGCAGGAAAUGGUUGGCUGGUGAUGAGCUGACCAUUUCUGACUUUCACUUUUAUGAGCAGCUGGCACAACACCUUAUUCUUGAUCCGAGUUGUCUAGACAAGUUUCCACGAUUGCAGGAAUAUGUUGCCAACUUUGAGGGCCUGCCUGCUAUUAAAGCAUACAGAGCUAGUUCUAUCUUCAUCAAGAGGCCAAUCAACAGCCCAUUUGCAACAUUUACAUAAAGUCAAGUCUUAGACUUAAGUUAACCUUGCAUUGAACAAGUUGAUCUGUAUGCAACUAUUGACUGACUUGGUUUUGUGUUUUUAACUUGAAUUCAUUCUGAAACGAAA